AUGUGUCAGACAAAUUCAGAUCAUUUCACUGAAGCACAUCUCAAUUGCAGGACCUGCUACUAGUCUGCUGACAAAAGAAGCAUUGCCAUGAGCUGGGAUAUGAAUAACUCGACUGAUUACUGGAUUGAGGAUGAGGAGAAUCAUCUCAACUCUGGUAUAGAUUACAAUACAUAUGAGCUCCUCUGUGAAAAAAGUGAUGUGAGAAAUUUCACUAAAUUAUUCCUCCCUGUAUUCUAUGCAUUGGCUUUCACUGUUGGAGUGGCUGGAAAUUCAUUAGUGGUUGCAAUUUAUGCCUAUUGCAAGAAACCGAAGACUAAGACAGAUGUGUACAUCAUGCAUCUAGCCAUUGCUGAUUUGCUUUUGCUCUUUACACUCCCUUUUUGGGCUGCAAAUGCAGUGCAGGGAUGGGAACUUGGAAACUCCAUGUGCAAGCUCACUUCUUCUCUCUACACCAUGAAUUUCAGCUCUAGCAUGCUGCUCCUGGCCUGUAUCAGUGUGGAUAGAUACAGGGCCACUUCCAAAUCCCAGGGUCAGAGAAGAAUUGGUAAACGCUGCAGUGGUACCUGCAUCUGUGUCUGGCUAUUUGCCAUUUUCUUCAGUAUCCCUGAACUGAUAUUUAAUGAAGUCAAGAAACACAACGACAGGAAUGAGUGCCUUCCUGUAUUCCCAAUGAACAUGGAAACAGUCUUAAAAGCAACCAUUCAAAUCCUGGAAAUCAUCCUGGAAUUUCUGCUUCCCUUCCUAGUAAUGCUGAUCUGCUAUUCUGCUACUGCUCGAGCAAUCUUUAGAUCUGCAAACACUAAAAAAUCUAGACCUUUCAUGGUUCUGCUGGCAGUAGUGGCUACUUUCAUUAUUACCCAGCUACCUUACAACAUCGUUAAGUUCUGGCGAGCCAUAGAUAUCAUCUACAUGUUGAUUACCGACUGCGAUACAAGUAAAACCAUCGAUGUCGCGCUCCAGGUCACCAAGAGCAUAGCUUUGUUUCAUACCUGCCUGAACCCUCUUCUCUACGUAUUUCUGGGUGCCUCUUUUAAAAUGCAUAUUAUGAAAAUCGCAAAAAAUUAUGGACACUGGAGAAGACAACAACAGAAUGGAAGACCUGAAGAAAUUUCUAUGAAUUAUGAAGAUCAUACUGAAGAAACAAUUAGUUUCACUAUAUAGACUCUCCAUUACUUUUAUUAUCUUCUAUAACCAGGGGAACUAUUUACUAAUUCUGGGGGCAUCAUUUCAACAGCUGUUUCUCUGCAAGUGAACUUUCAGAUUAAUUUCUGAACCUGCAGACUAGCGAAGUGGACCAUGCUGAUCACAAUUAAGCAUCAAGCAAGAAUACUGGAAUGCCUAGAAACAACUAGAGAUAUCUACUACAAAAGGAAAAGAAAAGAAAAAAGAAAACACAAUAAAACUCAAACACCUAAAAACCUGCAAGAUUUAAAAGUGUCACAGUACAAGGCAAUUACAUAGCUGUGUAAUGAGCAACCUGUACAUGUCUAAACAUCUAAUUAAAACAGAAAAGAAAAACCAUCAGCAAUAAUACAGCAGUAACUUUUGUACCAAAAGUUAAUAAUCUUGUGUUCCUCCAGCUAUUUUGUACAAUUUUAGAACAUUUGUCUGAGUUCCAGUUUUUUCCCCUCAGCUAUCAUUCAACAGAUACCGUUGCAGCUUGAGAUGAGAUACCAGUUCCUGGCUGAGAAUUGCUGGGGGGCACGGGCGGGGGGAGAUUCGCUGUGUGUUUCCACUUAAUGUAUAGCAGCAACAACAUCCUCUACAAAAAACUGCAACUCUUUCUCUGUAACUACCAAAAAUGACCUUUCAUCUUUCCUUUCCUGCUCACCCUAAACUAUUUUACAUGUCAAAUAUAAGAAGUGCCAAGGUAGUGCAGCCAAAGCAUUAGCAGAAAUGUAAGGAAAAGUUAAGUUAAUCUUCAUAUACAAAGCCUGGAAUUUCUAGUCAGAAUUUGUAAGACGAAUCAAACACUGCAAUAACUGUAUCUGCUAAAAUAUAUGGAGACAAUAAAAGCCAAGAAGUGCA